GGGAAGGUCUCAGUAAUUGGGUUGUGAUCUCCCAUCAGAUCUGCUUGCACCUGCAUCAGGGUGCUUGUUGCAGUUGAGUGACCCCGAACCCACCAAUUUCCUCCUCGCCACUCCCAAGUCGAUUAGUGCGUCCCGGGAGUGGACCCGUGCCCGCGGCGGACACUUCAGGAAACCCCGGGGGUUGGGGUAGAGCUCCUUCAUUCCUGACACGGGGGACGGCCACCUUAUCCAUCACCAUCACCAUCACCAUCACCGUGACCCGCUACCAUGGUGUCUCGACGGGCCCCGCUCAUCUUCCAUCUGCCUGUGUUCCUUUGGUAUCUUUUCGUCCUUCACCAGGACACGCUGCUGACCGGCGGAGGGCGCCUCCUCGGUGCCGGCACUUAUGGAGGCCGCUGGAAGUACCUGACCUUCAUCAAUAUGGUCCUGCAGACUACAUUUUUUGGAGUGUGUGUCCUCACAGACCUAGUGUGGCGCCUUUCUCAGUCUGAUAAACGUAUGCAGCGAUUGUCAUUGAGGAUGAGUGCUCUCCAGGACUGGCUGUUCUCAGCUCUAGCCUUUCCCAUUGGCUUUUUUGUCGUUAUGAGUUUCUGGAUUCUUUAUGCCUAUGACCGGGAACUUGUUUACCCAGAGCAACUCGACAAAAUCAUCCCAACCUGGCUGAAUCAUGCAAUGCACACAGUAGUCUUGGUGCUGCUCAUGUUGGAGCUGUUUGUGGUGCAACAUCGCUGGCCCAAUCACAAGGGAUGCCUGGCUGUUCUUGUCACCUUCUGCAGUUCCUAUUUGCUCUGGGUACUUUGGAUUCAGCACAGGUCAUCUAUUUGGGUCUACCCCAUUCUGGAGGUGCUCAGUCCCAUUGGCCUGUGUAUCUUCCUGACAGCAGCUGUCCUUGUAACUGUCUCUUUGUAUGUUGUUGGUGAGAAACUGCAUCGCUGGAGAUGGGGUCUCCCGGAUCAGUGUGGGAAGGAAUCUUGCUACUUUGAUCGAGAUCCGUCACAGGAGUGCAGGUUGAACUCGGCCAGCGAGGCUGCAAAAAGUAUGGAAUCCAUGAGAAAAUCAAAGUGAGGUGGUGACUAUUUGGAUUUGAAUACCGUGAUGGCUGGUGGAAAAAUUGUUGUGGCAUCUUAAUUUUGAGCCCAUGAUCACUUAAUUUAAGGAUCACCAACAGUAGCUGUGUUCACAGUGAAAUAUCCUUUCUUUCUCAGAUAGAUAUAUUUCUGGUUAAUCUCCAAUAAGAUGGAAUUCCAAGAGAAGUACCUAUUAAAUUUAUGUGCAUUGAGUUAUUAAGCCCCCCCCCCCCCCCACCCCAUCCAAGCACCAUCAUCAGACCCAUGAAGGUAGUAGACCAGUGACAUGCAGCUGGUGACGUAAUCAGUAACUGGCAGCCAUUAAGCCUGUGUCAGGCCUCAGCCUCUGCUCGCCUGGUGAUUCUGUCGAGCUGCAAUCUCUGCAGGAGCCUUGCAAUUUUCUACUGAGCUUAUGUGAUAAUGUUAAUCAAAUUUCUAGACCCAUCAACUGGCAGCAGUCGUGCAUUAUACACAACAGGGUAAAGAGCACAUCUCAUCUCUGGAGAAUGUGUGCAUUCUGCUCACACCAGGGCUAUUCCAGCUGAGUCACAGCCUGUUCUAUUCCGAACUCUAAUUCUUCGUACCUGAACUCACUGAGGACCUGGUUAUUGGAAAAAGAAAAACCAGAAUUACUCUUUUGCCCAAAACUCACUCCUAUCCUGGAGACCAGAUUAAGAGGCCAUUUGGCACCUUGAGCAUGUUCUGCCAUUCAGUUUGAUCAUUGGUUGAUUUAUUAAUGACCUUAACUUUCCUGUCUGUGGCCCAAGAUGCUUUACUGCGUUAUGGUCAAAAGUCUGUGUACCUUAGCCUUGAAUAUUUUCAGUGACCCAGCCACCGCUGCUCUGUUGGGGGAGAAAGGUUGAAACAACCGUCAGAGAAGAAAGACCUCUUGAAUAGAAGACUUAUUCUGAAACUGCAUCCCUAGUUCUAGAAUCCUUUUAGCAUCCCUCCUGUCAAGCCUCUUUUUCUUAAAAAUAGCACAUUUCAUUCAUCUAAUCUCCAGUAAGUUUAGGCCAACCUUCGUACUUAGAGAUGAUGGUAUAGUGGUAAUGUUACUGGACAAGUGGAGGCCCAGGCUGCUCUCGGCACGUGGGAUCUGGUGGAAUUGAAAGUUAGUCUCAGUAAUGGUGACCGUGACAACUAUCAUUUAUUGUUGUAAUCACUAAUGUCCUUUUUGGUAAGGAAAUCUGCUGUCCUUACCUGAUCUGGGUCUACAUGUGUUGCCUGACCCACAGCAAUGUAGUUGACUGUUAACUGACCUCUGAAAUGGACCUAGCAAAUCACACAGUUCAAAGGCAGCUAGAUGUGGGAACAAAUACUGGCCUUGUUGACAAUGCUCACAUUGCAUGAAAGAUUAAAGAAAAUAAACUUUUUCGUCUCAGGAUUUCAUGAAACGAAACUUCUCUGAACUGCCUUCAUACCAAGUUUAUCCUUUAAAUAGGAAACCAAAACUGUACACAGUACUCCACGUGUGAUCUAAUCAAUAAUGUGUGCAAUUGUACCAAGACUUCCUGACUUUUGUCCUCAGUUUCCCUUGCAAACAAAGGCCAGGAUUUCAUUUGCCUUCCUUGUUACUUCCCUUGCCUGCCUGCUAGCCUCCAGUGUUUCAUGUGCAAAGACACCCAACGCCCUCUGUACUGCAGCAUUUUGAAUUCUUCGUGACAAAUUGGACAACCUCAUAUUUUCACACAUUCCAUCUGCCAAAUUUUGCCUGCACACUUAACCAUUCUGUGUUCCUUUGUAGACUCUUUGUAUCGUCUUCACAGUUUGCUUUACUACCCAUCUUUGUAACAUCAGCAAAUUUGGCUACAAAUCAUUAAUAUUGAUCAUAAAUAUUAAACACUAGUACAGGUACAUGCAGCAAUACACUAGUUUGCCAAUCUGAUACUGUUCUAUUUUUUCCAACUCACUGUUUCCUGUUAGUUAUCCAGUCCUCUAUCCAAGCUAAUACAUCAGUCCAAUAUCAUGAACUCUUAUCCUGUGCAGUGAUUUUUUUUUUCUGUGGCACCUUAUUGAAAGUCUUUUGAAAAUGAAAAUGCCCUACAUCUACUGGUUCUACUUUAUCUCCCUGCUUAUUGUAUCCUCAAAUAAUAUUAAUAAAUUGUCAAACAUGA